AUGGCACUCACUGGGGACAGCGCCGCAAUCACCUUCACCGAGGUCGAUGAGGUUAACCAUCCUACGGCCACCUAUAUCUACUCUGAGCCCGCAGCGGACAGUGCACAUCAUCUUACCCAUGACAAGAAGCAUGGCGGGGGUUGGGGCCGCGUGGACGUAGCGCAUACUCCUCCCUCCAGCACCCCGACAUCUUGGUCUUCAAAGACCCUUCUAGACUUCCUGGUCGACGUCUUCCUCCCUGCCGGGUAUCCCCACAGUGUCACGAACGAUUAUGCGCCGUAUCAAUUCUUUGACUCCCUCCAAGCUUUCAGCAGCUCCAUUGCCGGUCUCUUAUCGUCAAGAGCCGUACUGCAAGGCGUUGGAGUCGGUAACGCCGAAGCCUCUCCAACCUCUGCCCUCCUGCUGCAUAUUCUCCAAGAUACGUCUGGCCGGAUUGCCACGAUUCUCUUCGCGCACCGGGUCGGCACCGCUCUUGAGCCGGAAUGCAAGAUGUACCGACUUGCAGCGGAUGUCUUCAACGACCUGGCAAUGAUCCUGGACUGUUUGUCGCCCAUGAUCCCAGCAGGAGCUCCCCGAGUCAUCGUACUUAGCACAGCCGGUGUCCUGCGAGCUCUAUGCGGAGUAGCUGGGGGAAGUUCCAAAGCGAGUCUAAGUGCGCAUUUCUCUCGAUGGGGAAACCUCGCUGAGGUCAAUGCCAAAGAUUCAUCACAAGAGACCAUCAUAUCGCUGAUUGGAAUGCUCGUUGGCUCAGUCGUCGUCUCCCAUGUUACCAGUUUCGCCGCGACCUGGAUCACCCUGCUAAUGCUCCUCGCCCUACACCUCAGUCUCAACUACGCAGCCGUCCGCUCUGUCCAAAUGACCAGUCUUAACAGACAGCGAGCUAACAUCGUCUUUUCAACCAUCCUAAGCUCCGACCAAGAGCUCACCCAUCUCACUCUUCCCGAGUCCACCAAACAACCACCUACGCAAAGUCACCCUCAAUUAGCCUGGAAGACUCUAAGCCCAGCCCAAGUCGCCAAACAAGAAAAGAUUUUUGAACGCGAUGGCAUUCUCCGCUGGUCCCCAGCACCUACUACCACAUCCGCCCCCUCUUCCCAAGUACUAGGUUAUUGCCGUAUAGGCAUAUCCCUCCAACAUUUCCUCAUUUCCUGCCCCUCCUUCCCCUUAUCGGUCAGUACAGGAACCCUUCGAACCGCUAUCCCCCUCGCUCAUCUCACGGCCCUCUACAACAAAGAGGACUACAUCCUGUACCUCACCAACAGCGGGAAAUCCCGUACCUGGCAUGCAAACAUCCUUCUCAAGAACACUAGUACAGCCCAAUCCCAGCUCAAGUCCUGGGCGCAUGCCUUGCUGGCUACAAGGGUCCUGUCGAUGCCAACCUCAGACAAUGUCGAGGUCGAGGGUAUUAUGGACGUUCUGAACCGGACGUUGGAUUUCCUGAAUAAUGAUGAGAGAUUUGUUCGGUAUGUUACUGCAUUGACUGAGAAAGGCUGGGACUUGAAUGUUGCUGCUUUGGAGACUCGAUCUGGACGGAGGAUUGCCGUGUAA